AUGGGGAAUGGUUCGGUGAAGUCCAGACUCCGUAGAGACCAGGGUCCUCAAAAUGGCCGCGCUGUGAGUCAGUCUGUGAGCUCGGAGUCGUACCGCAGCCGCCUGGAGGAGCUACAGCGAGAAGGUCUGAGGAAAGACGAGAAGAUCAAUAGUCUCCAGGGGCAAGUCCAAAGUCUGCAAGAGGAGCUGAGGAGGCAGAGGCAGAAUGUGAGCGAGGAGAGGAAACAAGAGAGGAACCAAGAAAGGAACCAAGAGAGGAGAGAGGACAGUGUUGGUUCUGGUCUUGGCUCUGGUCUCUCCUCCAGACCCUGUAGCGUCAGAAUCUCUUCAGGGCAGAGGAACAGACGCCGUGGGGCCAAGGCCGGGGUUUCAGCAGAACCUUCCUCUAGAACCGACGACUCCAGAACACUGCCAAAGUUCAACAUGGAGCAGGCCCGAGUGCCCAAGGACCCAAGUGUGCAGGGGCAGUUGUUGGAGGCGCUGAUGAAGAACCAGUACCUUCGGCGAUUGGACCCUCAACCUCUGCGUCUGAUGGUGGAGUGUAUGUACGCACGCAGCUACCAGCAGGGGGAGCUAGUGACACAGCAGGGAGAGCGCGGACAUCACCUGUUUGUGCUCGCAGAGGGGAAGCUGGAGGUGCUGCAGAAUCAGAGACUCCUGUCCUCACUCAGCCCCUGGACCACAUUUGGAGAACUCGCCAUUCUGUACAACUGCACCCGGACGGCGUCUAUACGGGCGGUGGACUCUGUGGAGACCUGGGCUCUGGAUCGCGAGGUGUUUCAGAACAUCAUGAGGAGGACAGCAGAGACCAGACAGGAGGAGCACCGGGACUUCCUCAGAAGCGUGUCCAUCUUGAGGGACCUGCCUGAGGAGAAGCUCAGUAAGAUGGUGGACUGUCUGGACGUGGAGUACUACGAUCGGGGAGAGUACAUCAUCAGGGAGGGGGAGGAGGGCAGUACUUUCUACAUCAUCGCACAGGGAAAGGUUGCAGUGACACAGAGCACAGAGGGGAGGCGCUCUCCUGUGCUUAUAAACACAUUACAGAAAGGAGACUACUUUGGAGAGAAGGCGCUCAUCAGUGACGACGUGCGCUCGGCGAACAUCGUGGCGGACGAGGACGGCGUGGAAUGCCUGGUGAUCGACAGAGAGACCUUUGACCAGACGGUGGGGACGUUCUCUGAGCUGCAGAAGUACCUCCAGGGGUACGUGGCCACUCUUGAGCGCGAUGACAGGAAACGACAUGCCAAGAGGUCCCUGUCCCGCCUCCAGUCCCAGCCCCUGUCCCCAGAUCAGGCUCAGCUGAGGGACCUGGUCUCUGGAUUCUGCGGUUCCAAACCGUUCCAGCAUCUGGAGCUCGUGUCCACUCUUGGAGUGGGAGGCUUCGGACGUGUCGAACUGGUGAAGCUGAAGGAUCAGGACAUGUCGUUUGCUCUAAAGGUGAUAAAGAAACAUCAUGUGGUAGAGAACAGACAACAAGAACACAUUCACUCAGAGAGGAGGAUCCUGAGUGAGGCCCGAUCGCCCUUUAUCGUCAAACUGUAUCGCACGUUUAAAGACGAUAAGUAUGUGUACAUGCUGCUGGAGGCCUGUCUGGGAGGAGAAGUAUGGAGUCUGCUCCGAGACAGAGGCUCCUUUGAUGAGUCCACGUCCCGGUUCUGUGUGUCCUGUGUGACUGAAGCAUUGGAGUAUCUCCACCGAAAAUCCAUUGUCUACAGAGAUCUGAAGCCUGAGAACCUUCUCCUGGACACACACGGAUACUGCAAACUGGUGGACUUUGGCUUUGCGAAACGUCUUGGUCCUGGUCAGAAGACCUGGACAUUCUGUGGGACUCCUGAGUACGUGGCUCCUGAGAUCCUCCUGAGCAAAGGCCACAGCUUCAGUGUAGACUUCUGGGCCCUGGGCGUCCUGCUGUUUGAGCUGCUGACCGGGAGCCCUCCGUUCUCGGGCGCUGAUCACAUGACCACCUACAGCUUCAUUCUCAGAGGCGUCGAGAAAAUUGACUUCCCCAAAAAGAUCAACAAGAAACAAGAAGAUCUGAUCCGAAAACUCUGCAGGAAGAACCCAGCGGAGCGUUUGGGGAACCUGAAGAACGGCAUCACAGACAUCAAGAAGCACAGGUGGUUCAGUGGCUUUAACUGGAGCGGUCUGAAGAGUCGAACUGUGACGUCUCCGCUCAAGAGAGAGAUCUCGGGGCCGUUGGACCACAGUUAUUUUGACUCUUAUCCUCCAGAUGAAGAUCAUCCUCCUGACGAGCUCUCAGGCUGGGACCAGGACUUCUAA